AUCUGCAUCUCGCGGUGAAGAUGAGGAGCCAUGGGAGACAUCAUCAUCAUCAUCAUAAUAAUGUCGGAGCCUGUGACGCUGAACGUGGGCGGACACCUUUACAGCACGUCGCGCGCCACGCUCAGGCGCUACUCGGAUUCCAUGCUGGGCGCCAUGUUCAGCGGGGACCUGCCAACGGCGAGAGACGCGCAGGGACACUACUUCAUCGACCGCGACGGGCCGCUCUUCCGCUACGUGCUCAACUUCCUGCGCACUUCAGAACUCACCCUCCCGCAGGACUUCAAGGAGAUUGAUCUCCUACGAAAGGAGGCUGACUUUUAUCAAAUAGAGCCGCUCAUCCAAUGCCUCAAUGAGCCAAAGCCCCUCUACGCGUUGGAUACUUACGAGGAGACAGUGGAGCUGGCAAGCACUCGCAAGCUAAGCAAGUACUCGAACCCAGUGACGGUGAUCAUUACACAGCUCACCAUCACAACCAAGGUGUUUGCACUGCUCCAGAGUAUCGCUGGAAACUUCACGCGCUGGAACAAGCACAUGAUGAAUACGCGCGACACGCAAAUGUCUUUCACGUUUGGGCCGUGUGAUUAUACGCAAGAAGUGUCGCUGCGCGUGCACCUGUGGGAGUACAUUGCACGCCAGGGGUUUUCUCUGAGAUGCUCCCGCGUGCACCACGUGAGUGAGCGCGCCAAUGAGAACACAGUCGAGCACAACUGGAGCUUUUGCCGCCUGGAGCGGAAGAGCGACGAUUGAUCGUCGCGUUGCAUGUCGUGGCCUGGUGCAUUUUCCACCACCUUGUCCCCUUUGCACCUCCCGUGAGUUUAGAUGUCGGGACUCGAGCCAGUGAGUGUAUGCCGGGAAAUUAUAAACGUUACACGUCGCCCAUCGCUCCUACUUUUUUUUUGACCAAAACACCUUCCCGUGGGCACAAUGUCGUGUCCUUGAGCAGUGGACAUGGACGCCGGGUUUUCAUGGCAGGCCCCGAUGGGCUGAUAUAGCUAGACCCUCUUGUGACCGCUAACAACUCGUACCCCAGCGGUGUAUGACUAUUGGGGGAUCUUUAUUUCGUGACAUCCAGUUGUAGCCUCGUAGCCCACGAUUUUCAGCGAGCGCAUAAUCAGACUGGCAUAGGGCAGGAAGAGCUGGUACAAGAGGAUUCGAAGUGGUGUGUUUCGUGUAUUUGGGAUGAGAGGUUAUAUAAGGUGCUUUGGGAUGCUGGGGUUAGAUAUUAAUCGGCAACACGCCCAGCCACCCUGUGCCUUCCCAGUGGUGAUGUUUACACGCUACACCAGGGGCUCUUAUUAGGCCGAGUCAACCUCCGGAAGGCCCACAACAGAAUCGGGAUCGAACCCAUGCUGCCAGAAUCAUAAUGGUUUCCUCCGGUAUCAAGAAAUAUUCACGUUAUGUUAAUGCAGUACACAACUGCACCACCACGCCAUACACUGCUGUAGUAUGUGUAUGUUUGAUGAGUGAGAUUCUCUUAUCCAGCCAGUGAAGAAUAUCUGAAGCAGCCCUGGUCCUCUCCGAAGGUCGACUCAACCUUAAAUGAGAACUUGGGAUCGUGUGUAAACAUCACCAUUGAGACUAAGGUGGU